GCCCCGCCCAGGCCAUCACAGUGAUACAGAUCCACGGACACACACACUCUUACACACUCCUCCACCCGCAGCAGGACGGAGUGGAGCUGAAAGCCCGGAGAGGAGGACUGAUGAGCGGCAGAACAUGGACGUCACGUGUUUCUGAGCAAACUGCGUCCUACAGAGGAACCUGAAGCAUCUCAGAGAGCUGCAGACACCACCAAGACUUCACCAGGAGAAGACCCUCUGAAGGUUUCUGACGGCUCCACGACUCCAUCAUGCAGACGAUAAAGUGUGUGGUGGUGGGCGACGGCGCCGUGGGGAAGACCUGCCUCCUGAUCUCCUACACCACCGGAGCCUUUCCCAAAGAGUACAUCCCCACCGUGUUCGACAACUACAGCAGCCAGGUGACGGUGGAUGGAAGGAUCAUCAGUCUGAACCUGUGGGACACAGCGGGUCAGGAGGAGUACGACCGGCUGAGGACGCUGUCCUACCCACAGACCAACGUCUUCAUCAUCUGUUUCUCCAUCUCAAGCCCCGCCUCCUACGAGAACGUCAAACACAAGUGGCACCCAGAGGUGUCCCACCACUGUCCCAGCGUUCCCAUCCUCCUGGUCGGCACGAAGAGCGACCUCCGGAACGACAGUGAGAUCCAGAGGAAGCUCAAGGAGCAGAACCAGGUACCCAUCACCAACCAGCAGGGCAUGAACCUCGCCAAGCAGAUCCAGGCCAUGCGCUACAUGGAGUGUUCGGCUCUGAACCAGGAUGGCAUCAAGGAGGUGUUUGCCGAGGCCGUGAGGUCCUACCUGAACCCGCAGCCCACCACCACCAAGAGGCCCUGCGUCCUUCUGUGAGCCAACGAUGGGAUCGAGCUCCUCUGUCUGAGAGACUGCUCUGAAAAAUAUUUUUACGUUUUCUUUUUUUUCAUUAGAUUUUCAUCCUGUAAUUAGAAAAGAGCAGAUUUAAGAGUGAGAUUAAAAGUUUUCCACAACUUCUGAUGUAAGCAAACGGCUGUGGUUGGAAAGGUGUGUAACUCUGUUCUGAUCCUUGAUUGGAUCAGACUCAACCAGAGCCGUCUGAGCACGUGCAGAACGUCCUCAGAUAUCACCACUCUGGGCUGAGAUGCUGCAUAAAGCGAAGCUUUGAUAUGAAUCCUAACUGAAUAGAAUGGUUGAUCUCUGGCAAUAGAAAAAAAUUGUUUUAAAUUUUAGUUUCACAAACAGCAGAUUUAUUGGUCCACAAUUAUCCCCUGAAAAAUAGUUUUUCAUUCAGAUUAGCGUGGACCUUCUGAUGAAGACUUUAUACUAGUUACAAACGUCCAUGAAACCAUUAAAGCGCCAGUGAAACCAGUGACUGCAGAGCCUGGUGGAGCACCUAUCCACUGAAGUUUGCCUGAACUUGUGCUGUGAUGCAAGAGUCAGGCUGAGGUUCUAGAAGCAGUUCUGGUGGAGUCCAGCACCAGUAACAGCAGAAACAGUUAUAGACAGGGUUGGCAUCUACACUGAGAAAUUAAUUGCACACAAAAACACUGUUUACAUGAUGCUCCUUAAAUGAUGCAACCAUUUAAACCAGCUUUGUCCUGCAUUCACACACAGAAGAUCAUUUACUGGGAAACAUUUAGUUUGAUCAGGUUUUUAAGACCUAACUGAAAACUCACUGUUUCCCCUGUUUUCACAUUUAAAAAGCAGUCGGUUGAAGCUGCAGACGUACGCCGGGUGUUUUUGAAGGGAAAUCCUGAAUAAAAACAAAGAUGUGACGUAAACUCCUGCAAAAGCUUCCCUGAUAAAUUUUCCUGUUUCAACAUGAAACCAUCCAGUUGCAGAAAAACAACAGCAGCAAUCAAAACUUUCAGUCUGUGAGGAAAACAUCUGAAGCUAAAAGAUUAGUGCGGAAAAUGCUACCUGAGCUAAAUGCUAACAUCUAAACUACAACCAAGAAAACUCUGUUACCUGCUUUCCCUUUGACAAAUUAGCGCAUUGUUUGAAUCCAUAAUGUAAAAUAUGAGAAAAAUGUCUCAUAUGUUUCUGCAGGUUGUUUUAUUUUUAGCUAAGCUGCAAGCAAGUAAGAAACCUGAAACCAGCUCCACCACUUUAUAUUCAUCAUCAGAUUCCAUCUUCUGUUCAAUUUUUAUUGAUAAUCUGAUUGUUUUUAUUGGUGAAGUAAUUUACAUUUUAUUUAAGUGGGAAAUACAAUAAAAACACGUUUGAAUGGC